AUGGAUGGGAAUUUGGAGCAGCGUUACGCGAUCAAGUUUUGUGUGAGACUGAACAAAACCGCCUCGGAGACGUUGGUUAUGAUUCAAGACGCCUUCAAGGAAGAAGCCAUGUCACGUGCUGCGGUUUUCCAUUGGCAUAAGCGGUUUAAAGAUGGCCGCCAGAACGUUGAAGAUGACGACCGUUCCGGGAGACCAUCAACCAGUCGAACGGACAAUAAUGUGGACAGAGUUCGUCAGCUUUUGAAAUCAGACCGUCGCCUUAGUAUUAGACUGAUUGGCGAUAAACUGGGACUCGAUCACAUGACAGUGUUCAGGAUUGUAACUGAGAAUUUGAACAUGAGAAAGGUGUGUGCCAAACUGGUCCCUAAAAUCUUGACGGACGAGCAGAACCGACAGCGCGUGACGGCUUGCGAAGAAAUGCUUCAACGUUUGAAUAACGAUCCAAACUGUUUGGAUAAAGUCAUUACUGGUGAUGAGUCUUGGUUCUAA